AUGGACGCGGUGCUGAGCUGCAACGUUUUCUUAACGGCCCAGGGAUCCCACUACUACGCGCACCCUCUAAGCGAGAUCGAUGGACCGGCCACAUUCCUUAGUAUCGAUCGCCGUAGCGAGCACAUCGAUAACCGUCGGUCGAUGGCGAUCCACAGAAAACCAGGUUUGUGGCAUUCACUACCAUCCAAGGAAGAAGUCGAAUUUCAAGCACGACGCGACGUGAUCCAGCUUGACGAAGCGAUCGAUGAAUGUGCUGCUCAAAUCAGAAUGCUGAGCCACUGA